GAGUUUUUCCGAACAAUGCCGAAACCCAACGAACCCACAGCCAUCUUGAACGGAACUACAAUCAUUCAGAAUAGCAUCAGAGAAAGCAACAGUCAUCACACAACACAGCAUUCGUUCGGACAAAGCAAAAUACCAAUAAUGGCUUCAGUUGAACCAAAAGCUGAAGAAGAUUUGGCAACAGCCAUCCUCCGACGUAAGGAUCGCCCCAACAGACUUCUUGUGGAGGAGGCCAUCAAUGAAGAUAACUCGGUUGUUUCUCUUUCACAGAAAAAAAUGGAUGAGCUCCAGUUAUUCAGAGGAGACACAGUUUUGCUGAAAGGCAAACGUAGGAAAGAGACUGUGUGCAUUGUGCUCUCUGAUGAGACAGUUUCAGAUGACAAAAUUAGAAUUAACAGAUGUGUGCGGAACAAUUUGAGAGUUCGUUUAGGAGAUGUUGUAAGCAUUCAACCAUGUCCAGAUGUGAAAUAUGGAAAAAGAGUUCAUGUUCUCCCAGUUGAUGACACAGUUGAAGGACUAGCUGGGAAUUUGUUUGAAGUGUUCCUCAAGCCAUACUUUCUUGAAGCUUACAGACCAAUAAAAAAGGGAGACAUUUUUCUGGUCAGAGGUGGCAUGCGAGCCGUUGAAUUCAAAGUGAUAGAAACAGACCCACAGCCCUAUUGUAUUGUUGCUCCAGAUACUGUCAUACAUUGUGAAGGAGAGCCAGUCAAGCGAGAGGAAGAAGAAGAGCAGUUAAAUGAAGUGGGCUAUGAUGAUAUUGGAGGUUGUCGUAAACAACUGGCUCAGAUCAAAGAGAUGGUGGAGCUGCCAUUGAGGCAUCCACAGCUUUUUAAAGCUAUUGGUGUGAAGCCUCCUCGAGGUAUCUUACUUUAUGGACCCCCUGGAACUGGUAAGACUUUGAUUGCCAGAGCAGUUGCAAAUGAAACUGGGGCUUUCUUUUUCCUCAUUAAUGGUCCUGAAAUUAUGAGUAAGUUGGCAGGAGAGUCAGAAAGUAAUCUUCGCAAAGCUUUUGAAGAAGCAGAAAAGAAUUCCCCAGCCAUCAUUUUUAUUGAUGAGCUUGAUGCUAUUGCUCCAAAACGUGAAAAGACUCACGGUGAAGUGGAGCGACGUAUUGUGUCUCAGUUGCUGACUCUGAUGGAUGGUUUGAAACAAAGGUCACAUGUUAUUGUGAUGGCUGCAACCAAUAGACCAAACAGUAUUGAUCCUGCUCUCAGGCGUUUUGGUCGUUUUGAUAGAGAAGUAGAUAUUGGCAUUCCUGAUGCAACUGGUAGACUGGAAAUUUUGAGAAUUCACACUAAAAACAUGAAACUUGGAGAUGACGUUGAUCUAGAACAGGUGGCUUCUGAAACCCAUGGCCACGUCGGUGCAGACUUGGCUGCUCUUUGUUCUGAAGCUGCUCUUCAGCAAAUCCGAGAGAAAAUGGAUUUAAUAGACUUGGAGGAUGAGACCAUUGAUGCUGAAGUCUUGGAUUCAUUGGCUGUCACAAUGGAGAAUUUCAGAUGGGCACUUAGUAAGAGCAACCCGAGUGCUUUGCGAGAGACAUCUGUGGAAGUCCCCAAUGUUACAUGGGAAGAUGUUGGUGGCUUAGAAAAUGUCAAGAAAGAAUUGCAGGAAUUGGUCCAGUACCCCGUGGAGCAUCCAGAGAAGUUUUUGAAGUUUGGUAUGACACCCUCAAAGGGAGUUCUGUUUUAUGGACCCCCAGGCUGUGGUAAAACACUGUUGGCCAAAGCUAUAGCUAACGAGUGUCAAGCCAACUUUAUUUCAAUCAAAGGACCUGAACUCUUGACUAUGUGGUUUGGUGAGUCUGAGGCUAACGUCAGAGACAUUUUUGACAAGGCCAGGUCAGCAGCACCCUGUGUACUGUUUUUUGAUGAACUUGAUUCAAUAGCCAAAUCAAGAGGAGGCAACGUUGGAGAUGGAGGUGGUGCUGCAGAUAGAGUCAUCAACCAACUCCUGACUGAGAUGGAUGGCAUGUCAGCUAAAAAAAAUGUCUUUAUCAUUGGAGCAACCAAUCGUCCAGAUAUCAUUGAUUCUGCCAUUCUCCGCCCUGGUCGUCUUGACCAACUGAUCUACAUUCCCCUCCCAGAUGACAAGUCUCGUAUCCAGAUUCUUAAAGCCAACUUACGCAAGUCACCAAUGUCAAAGGAUGUAGAUCUGGAAUACCUAGCUAAAGUGACCAAAGGUUUCAGUGGGGCUGACCUUACAGAGAUUUGUCAGAGGGCCUGUAAACUGGCCAUCAGACAGUCUAUAGAGGCAGAGAUUCGAACAGAGAGAGAGCGUGCACAAAACCCUGAUGCUGAUAUGGAAGUGGAAGAUUAUGACCCAGUUCCUGAGCUAACUCGAGCUCAUUUUGAAGAAGCAAUGAAAUUUGCCCGAAGAUCAGUGAGUGAGAAUGAUAUUCGCAAGUAUGAAAUGUUUGCACAGACUCUACAGCAAAGUCGAGGAUUUGGUGGCUUCAGGUUCCCAGGUGCAUCAGGUCAAGGUCAAAGUGGUUCUACUGGAGGAGGUCAAGGUGGUAACCUUGGAGGGGACGAUGGGGAUGAAGACCUCUACAGUUAAAUAUUGAGAGGCUGUGCUACAGCCCUGUGUGUAGGCAUAACCUUUACACACAUUUUGUUCUUUCUGUUCAAUCAUUUCAUUUUAUUCACUUUCAAGUUAACUCUGAAGGGUUUUACACUUUAUUAUUAGAGCAACGGCACUUCAUAAGUAACUUAAAAAAAAAACAUUUUUUUUUAAUUUUUAAAUCAAUGACAGGCUUAUUUUCAAAGGAGUGAUAACUUCUGUUGGGUUUGAAAAUGUUCAUAAGAAAUGAUGGGUGUGUAAAGUCUAACCUCAUCUCUAACAUUCAGUAGAAUCAAAUUUAGCCUUGCUACAACAAUCACUACAUUUUGUAAUGUACCAGUACCAGCUAUUGGCAAAUUUAGUUUUGUUUCAAUGAAAACAAAAUAAAAUAAAAUUUUAAAUUAC